ACACAAACGAGAGCUGAUAUCUGAUUGGCUGUUCGGGGCACGCUCACCAUACAGAUGAGAAUGGGAAGGGGGGAGGGCAUGGCGGAUGGCAGAGAUGUCCAGUGCAGUGGGGGGGCGGCAGGCUGUGCACUCAUCGCUGGUUCCUAUAGUAACCUCCCCCCCCCCCCUCAGCCUGUGUAAUGGCGGCUGUCGCUAUGUACCACAGCGCGUCCCGGCUCAGCCAAUCCCCGGCAGGCGUGGAGCGGGGCGGGGCCUCGUCAUCUCUGCUCCGUGUGGAAAAGACGGUUUCGGGUGCAAAAGUUUGUAUUAUUUCCCUGCUCCGGACGUCAGAGAUGCCCAGUGAGGGAGAAGCCUUCGCCGCUGCUUGGCUCCGGUCGUUGUUCUCGCCCCCGGCUGUGAUCGGUCGCGGCCUCCUUCAGCCGCCGGGUCCCGUCCCCUCGCUGACCUUUGGACCGACUCCUCUGCCCGGUUAUCUCAUUCAAGAUGUGGGAAUCUAACCGAGUGCGGCUGCUAUGUAUGCUGAGCCUCACCUUCAUCUUCUUCGUGGCGGAGGUGGUGGUGAGCAGGAUCACCGGCUCGCUCGCCAUGCUCUCCGACUCCUUCCACAUGCUGUCCGAUGUCAUCGCUCUGCUGGUCGGCCUGAUCGCCGUGCGAUUCGCGCAGAAGACGCGCUCGACCGACAAGAACACGUUCGGCUGGAUCCGGGCCGGGGUGAUGGGGGCUCUGGUGAACGCCAUCUUCCUCACCGCCCUAUGCUUCACCAUCAUCCUGGAGGCCGUGGAGCGCUUCACCGAGCCGCGGGCCAUCGAGCAGCCGCUGGUGGUGAUCGGGGUCGGCUUCGGCGGCCUCCUCAUCAACCUGAUCGGGCUGUGCAUGUUCCGGGAUAGCGCCGGGGCCGGCCACGGACACUCGCACGGCGGAGGCUCCGGUCACGGACACUCUCACGGAGCCAAGAAGAGUCACCGGAGCCGGGAGAGGGCGGCGGGAGACGGGGCCGCCCUGGACCGGGAGGAGACCAACAACCUGGUGGAGAACUGCACUGGCUCCAACGGGCCCGGCCUGGAAGCGGGGCCCGGGAAACUACACGAUCCUUCGACAGACAACGUGUCCGAGCACCGAUUGAACGGCAGCGUUGUGCAGAACCACGUGUCUGAAGUCAACGAGGAUGGCUCUGAGCUCAACAUGCGCGGCGUGUUCCUCCAUGUCCUGGGCGAUGCGUUGGGCUCGGUCAUCGUGGUGGUGAACGCUUUGCUCUUCUAUUUUGUUUUUAACCCUUGUCCAACUGGUGAAAACUGCAUCAACCCCUGCGUUCACGACCACUGCUCCGAUCAUCCAGAACUCAAUCAUACCUCGCUUGCCCUGAAUGACAGCGCAGAAGUCCCGCUGAUGGAGGCUGGACCUUGCUGGGUGUUAUACCUAGAUCCCUCUCUGUGUGUGAUCAUGGUCUUCAUAUUGCUGUAUACGACCUACCCCCUCCUUAAAGAGUCUGCUCUCAUCCUGCUGCAGACCGUCCCCAAACAAAUCGACAUCUCCUCCUUGAAGCAAAAGCUCCGAAGCCUCGAAGGCGUCCAGGCUGUCCACGAGCUGCACGUCUGGCAGCUAGCCGAGAGCCGCAUCAUUGCCACAGCUCACAUCAAGUGCCAGGACCCCACCGCCUACAUGGAGGUAGCCAAGCGCAUCAAAGACUUCUUCCACAAUGAAGGAAUCCACGCCACCACUAUUCAACCGGAAUUCUCCGCUGUCGAAUCUGAAUCUAGAAUAUCGCUGUGUGAACUCUCCUGCAGAACGCAGUGCGCCCCCAAGCAGUGCUGCGGGAACUCGGAGAAGAGCAUCUCGGCCAGGAAGAGCAGCUGUGGAGCGGCCACCUUAGGAAUGAUCAGUGAAUCUCCUGAGCAUACAACCAAGAGAACUAAUGCUUCUGAGAAGCCUCUCGAUGAACUGAAGAUAGACAUGGACUCCGUUGUCUGAGCAGGGUUUGAGGACUAUUGGCUGUAACCUGGGGGAAGAUUCAAAAGGGAAACCAGUUCCCGACUCCCUUUUUUCCCCAAACUUGCAGUUUGGUAAUAUCGAUCAUCACAACUGGACUGGAUCCGGGAUGGUUUCUGUUCAGAUGAAAUUGCCUAGUGUUUGAUUCAGUAGAUGUUCCACCACGUUUUCAAUGUUACAGGUUUUCUUUUACCGCUACGCAGAUCGCUUUAGACUGUAAUGUUGUGUGGACUUUAUUUUGCUUUUAGUCCUCGUUUUACUUUAUACUGAUGCUAUUUAACAAAGUCCAGACGUUGCCGGCAGCAGUAUCGACACUCGGCCCGAAACGCUUGGGCAUUUGUAUUUGGGGUGUAGUUCCGUUUUUGAGCACUUUACAUUUGCCGUGCUGGAUCGCCAUGUCAGUUCUCUGCUGCAUUGUGAACAGGUCUUGUCGUGUAGCCCAUCUAUCAAUCGGUCUGUAAGGUCUAGGCUGGUGGACACAGAUCUUAAAGGGGUGUUCCUUUUAAACUUAGCGCCCUAGCAUGUGGCACCUAAGGAAAGAGAAUCCCGCUCGCCUGCUCACUGGCAGUCCAUUUGGUGAUCUUCUGGCUCCUUUACUUCCCACGGGGGUCAUGUGCGCAGGUCGCCGAACGGAGGCGGGCAGCUGGGUGAUUCUUUCAAUCCGUACCACACACUAGUAGGGGGCUUGCUUUAAAAGGAACUCUAUGCUGGAAUUCCACUUUAAAAUGGUUGUCCAUAGAUUCAAACUUAUCACCUACCCUGUGGAUCCUGAUUAAUGCCUGAUCAGUGGGGGUCUGACCGCCAGUCUCAAAAAUAAGACUCCUGGACCCUCUGUUUUAAUGGAGCAGCGGUUCAGCAUGUAUGCUGCCACUCCGAAAAUGUCUAUGGGAAUGCCAAAAAAGAAGCCGAGCACAGUGCUCAGUUAUCUCUAACUCCCAUCGAGUUGAACGGACUGAAUCCGGUGGACAGACCACCACCACCAGAUCGGGCACUUCUCUAUCUUGGGCUUAGCUUGAAAGUUUAAGGCUACAUUCACACGACCGUAUGUGUUUUGCAGUCCACAAAUUACGGAUCCU